UUCUUUUUCUUGCCAAAAAAAGAGAGAUCUUACAUUAUUUUCUUCAUUUUUCUGGCCUUCCCAACUUGAUACGAUCCAACUUUUAAGUAUUCUUCUCUGCAUUCUGAUUCAUAUUUAUUCAUGGUAAUAUAUAAUACUAUAAAAACCCAGAUCUCAUUUGAGUUGUAUCUGAAUCUACUUCCACAGACUACACUGGUGAGUUUAAAAAAUUAUUGCCAUUUUGCACUUGCUCAGUUCAAAGAAGAUCCUAAUUUGACAAGUGGCCUACACUUGUUUUUGCUGUUUAUUAAUUCAAGUAACUUGCUCUUUUUGUGCCCUGUGAAUGCGUGUGUAUAUAUAUUUGAACUUGUUAUGCUUGUAUAUUAGGCCCAUUAGUUCUGGAGAACUGAGGUUUACUUAAGUUGAAUCUUUGUGGUGUAUUGUUAUUCUAAACUUAGAUUGCAUUAUUGCUCUGAUGGUAUUGAUAUGGAAUUGUGAAAGAUGAGUUGAAGGGGUGAUUUUUUGUUGUUGGAAGAUCAUUACUUUUUUGUUAUUUGGGAUUGUGAAGAUGAAGAGGUUGAAAAGUGAACAGCUUGGUGUAAGGAGGUUGAGAUUAUCUCAUCUUCUUUUGGGUAUGGCCUCAUUGUACUUGCUUUAUAUAUGCUACAAGUUUCCCGGUUUUUUUAAGAGUGUGGGGAUGUUAAGUGGUGAUGAUAGUUAUAAUAGGUUGGGAAGCUCAGAUUUUGUGAAUGUUAACAAUGGAGAUAUAUUAACUAAACCAUUGCUGAGGUCUGUUUCUAAGGACACAAUUCACCGUAGACUAGAUAAUGAAAAUGAUUUUGUGCCACUGAUUGUACCGGGGAAAGUAGUAGAAGAUAAUAGUAAUGGAGUGCCACCAAUGAAGCCUUUCAAGAGUCAUUAUGGUCGAAUUACUGGAGAUACAUUGAGGCAAAUGAAUAGGACAAAUGAUUUGUCAGUAUUAGAGAACAUGGCAGAUGAGGCAUGGACUUUAGGUUUAAAAGCAUGGGAAGAGGUAGAUAAUUAUAAUGGGAAGGAGUUUGGGGAGAGUUCGAUACUCGAGGGGAGGAAGGAGACCUGCCCCUCAUGGGUAUCAACUAGUGAGGAAGAAUUAGCCAACGGUGACCAAGUUAUGUUCCUUCCUUGCGGGCUUGCAGCAGGCUCUUCAAUUACAGUAGUGGGGACACCAAAAUAUGCUCAUAAUGAGUAUAUACCCAGGCAAGCAAACGUAAGGACUGCUGAUUCCUUUAUUUUGGUUUCACAGUUCAUGGUUGAGUUGCAAGGCUUAAAGUCGGUGGUUGGGGAGGAUCCCCCGAAGAUUCUUCAUCUCAAUCCUCGCUUGAGAGGGGAUUGGAGCCAUCUUCCGGUAAUUGAGCACAACACAUGUUAUAGAAUGCAAUGGGGAACAGGUCAACGCUGUGAUGGUUUACCGUCUAAGAGUGAUGAUGACAUGCUUGUUGAUGGAUAUCUGAGAUGUGAAAAAUGGAUGCGAAAUGAUAAUAGAGAUAAAGAGUCUAGGACCACUUCUUGGUUCCAGAGAUUUAUAGGGCGUGCGAAGAAACCAGAAGUAACCUGGCCUUUCCCUUUUGUGGAGGGAAAAAUGUUUGUUUUGACUUUACGUGCUGGUCUUGAUGGAUUUCAUGUCAUUACUGGCGGGCGACAUGUUACUUCAUUCCCUUAUCGGACGGGACUUACAUUAGAGGAGGCAACAGGGCUGGCAAUUAAAGGCGAUGUUGAUAUACAUUCUGUUUUUGCUACCUCCCUCCCCACAUCGCAUCCAAGUUUUUCACCUCAAAGAGUUUUGGAUAUGUCUGAAAAGUGGAAAUCUCAACCUUUAUUAAAUGGUCCUACUCAACUUUUCAUCGGAGUUCUCUCUGCUACUAAUCACUUUGCAGAACGCAUGGCCGUUAGAAAAACAUGGAUGCAAGCCUCAGCUAUCAAAUCUUCAAUCGUAGUAGUUCGCUUCUUUGUUGCACUGAACCCAAGGAAGGAGGUUAAUGCAGUUCUGAAACAAGAAGCUGCAUACUUUGGUGAUAUUGUGAUCUUGCCCUUUAUGGAUCGUUAUGAGCUAGUGGUACUUAAGACUAUUGCUAUUUGUGAAUUUGGUGUUCAAAAUGCAACUGCUGCUUACAUCAUGAAAUGUGAUGAUGAUACUUUUAUAAGGGUAGAUACUGUUAUGAAAGAACUUGAUAAAGUGUCUGGAAAAAGACCACUAUAUAUGGGUAAUCUCAACCUCUUGCAUCGACCACUUAGAAGCGGGAAGUGGGCUGUUAGUUACGAGGAAUAUCCUCAAGAAGUUUAUCCUCCGUAUGCUAAUGGGCCUGGAUAUAUAAUUUCUAAGGAAAUUGCUAAAUAUAUCAUCUCUAAACAUGUUGAUGGAGACCUAAAGUUGUUUAAAAUGGAGGAUGUGAGCAUGGGAAUGUGGGUUGAACAAUUCAACAGCUCGACACCAGUCCAGUACUCCCAUAGUUGGAAGUUUUGUCAGUACGGGUGCUUGGAAAAUUAUUAUACAGCUCAUUACCAAUCUCCGAGGCAAAUGAUAUGUCUGUGGGACAAACUGGUCAGGGGUCAAGCUCGCUGUUGCAACUUCUGAAUGUAGAUGCCAUCUUAGAGAUUACAAAUCUUGUUGCUGUUUCUGGCCAUUCUAAUAGAGGUUCGUUCACGUACUGUCAUAGUAUUUACCUUCCAGUAGAGUCUGGCUUUGACACUUUGUAGAGUUUUGGAAUGAUUUUAGAAAUUUCUGAGUAGAUCAUGGUCGCUUGCUGGAUCUCAAAUACAACCCCAAGUGUAAAAGUAAUUGUGUAUCUUUUUUGCCAUUCUAUACAACUAUUGUAAAAGUAUACUAAUGAUCUCUAUAUAGUUGUUGAUACAUAAUUUUCUUCCUGUA